AGCCACCAAACACCACUUCAGCCAUUCAACAAUCCUUCGACAUCCUUCAACAUCCUUUAAUAUACUUCAACUCCUCAGCUCCUCAACAUGUCUUCGUACGUCAUCAUCGGAACCUCGAGAGGUCUCGGGUACGAAUUCGUGCGCCAGUACUCCAGCAACCCGGCCAACACGGUCAUCGGACUCGUUCGCAACAAGGCGGCAACUGACAAGAAGAUCUCGGAGGAUGCCGACCUCAAGUCCCGAUCCAACGUCCACAUCCUGGAAGGCGACCUCGUCGACUAUGCCAGUCUCAAGAAGGCCGCUGCCGACGCGGCCAAGAUCACGGGCGGCGGCGUCGACUACCUCAUCGCCAACGCCGCCUUUGGCGGCCAGUGGGGUGCCUACAACGGCCUCGGAAAGCUGGGCGCCGAUCCCGAGCGGCUGGCAAAAGAGCUGCAGGCUUACUUUGACGUCAACGUGCUCGGCAACAUCAACUUCAUCACCCUGUUCAUGCCGUUGGUGCUCAAGGGUAAAGUCAAGAAGGUCAUUGCUUUGACCACAGGCUACUCGGACAUACCCUUCACCAACGAGGUCGACGUGGCCAGCGCGCCGCUGUAUUCGAUCAGCAAGGCGGCGCUGAACAUGGUCGUGGCCAAGUUCAGCGCCGAGUACAAGAAGCACGGCGUGCUGGUCAUGGCCGUGGCUCCGGGGAUCGUUGACGUCGGGCAGUUUGUCGAAGCUACGGAAGAGCAGACAAAGGGCCUCCAGGAAUUCAUGGGAAAGCUUCUCAAGUACGCGCCGCACUUCACAGGCCCCGACAAGACGCCCGACAAUGCCGUCAGAUUGAUGCGCGGCGUCAUCGACAACGCCAGCAUUGAAAACGGCAAUGCUGGCGACUACCUGUCGCAGCUCGGCAACAAGCGGUGGCUCUGAGCCCUCUUCUCGUCGUGUAUCGUGUACCUUAGUCAGUUCCUAAUCUAGACCCAAUCAGAAGCUCGACCACGAGCGCGUAUUCACCCGCCACCCCAACGUAUUCACUGGACUUGCCGGGUGUUGUUGGUGCGUCCAUGUGCAUUAGCUUCACGCCUUGGCAUGCAAUGUAACCUGGUAAAUGGAAAACCGGCAACUUUGGAAAUGUGGGGACACAGGCGCGAUCGCUCCCUCGGCUGGGGUCCGCUGAUUUCUCAGCACUUGAUCCU